CUCGAGGUGGUCGCGUUUAUGGUCAGCAUUGACAUUUCCAAGAUAGAAGCACGCAACGCAUCGAUCCGCCGCAUCUGCAAGUACAAGUCUCUCCAGACACACUCCAUCAAGUUUGAGGAUUUGUCGUCUCAAUUCUUGAUGCUGCGACAGCGACGUUCUCGACAGUGUGUUUGGUAUGCCAAGACGCAGCACUCGACCCGGCCUGGCUCCAAUCCACAAGUUGAUCUUAAGAAGAAAGUUGGCAGAAAACGUCGUGCUAGACCUGGCAAUUCUGGCGGCCCAUGGCGCGCAUUCGUUCACACCAGGUGGCAUGAAGCGCCAGCCGGCGCGAAGCCGACAUUCAGGCAGCUUGGGGAGCAGUACCGAGCGCUGACGCCAGAGGAGAUGAACGUCUUCAUUGAGCUUGGUCAUUUGGCGAGAUUAGCUGCCCUCAACGGCGUCAAACCUUUCGGCGACGCUCGUCGCAAAACUGCCGUUCGAGGUCAUCUGGAGUCGGUGCCCGUUUGCGACAGUGAUCACCAACCAGGUCAGGAUGUUCUUUUGCCCACGGGGCUUACCUUUGAGGAGAUGCUGGAACAAGAGAUGACCAAGGCCACGUUGCACCGACAGGUCGAGAUUGAGAGGGAGCGAACGGCUGAUGCUGCGCUGGCGAGAUAUGUUCAGGAAGCUCGUGACGAGAGGUCGCCGACAAUGGAGUUUGCUAAGCAAUACAACUUAGACUUGUACCAGAUGCCCGUCAGAGAUGCUGAGAUACCCAAGGCUGACGUCAGCGUUCCCGAGUCUAUGGCAAGUUCUCUGUUUGAUGCGCCUGCUCAGUACCGUUUGCAAUCGCAGCUGGUGACGGAUUGGCAGGGUAAGCAUCGAUGCAUCUCGAAUUCUGAUCUGCCCAAGGCUACCGUCCCGAAGGAUAAGCAGGUAUGUUUCCAAGCUGGCCGUUGCAUCUGCGGCGGCGACGGGUACGCGGUUGCCAGGCUCAGAAAACAGAUUCUGAAGGCCAUGUCGGGCGCGUUCGUUUCCUCGGAGCUGAAGCUCUUGUUGCUGCGCGGGUUCGUUGUUUUGCGAUUG